AUGGCGCCCAAGGGUCCUUUCAAGCUUGUCACAGUCAACACCGCACCUGAGCGUGCGAAGAGGCUUAUCGGCCGCAUGACUGAGGCGCUCAAGGAUCAGUACACGAUUGACUAUGUCGCCAACUGCGAGACAAUCGCCGAGGUCGAGGGCAAGGUGAAAGAGCACAAGCCAGACGUCCUGUUCUGUGCGUCAAUGUGGACAGCGGAUGAGGCAGAGCAGAUUCAGGCUACUGCGAGGUCAAUUGUCCCGAACAUUAAGACCCACGCGAUCCCCCAUGGGCUGCAGGUUGAGAGGGGGCCAGAUGCUAUUGUUGAGCACCUCCUUGAGAAGGUUCCUCAACUGCUCGAGAGCUAG